UUUGUGAAAAAGAGUGUUCUACUGAGGAAGCUCAGGUCUCAUUCACGUGUGUUUUACUUAUUUACUCGUGUGUGUGGUAAGGUGUUGUGUGGACCUUCACCUCCUGGCCGUUGUGGCCGCUCUUCUUCCCCAACCACCCCCUCCAACUCCGCUCAAGCUGUAGGUGUUGCCAAGGCUUCCUUCACCACGAUGUCCUCGCAGAGCAAUACGACCCUUCGCCAGGUGGGAGAGGAAGAGCUGGACAUUCUGAAAGAGAGACUGGCCUGCCACCUGCCUCACUCCCUCAUUGUGUAUGGCAGCGUGAGUUUGGCGUCGCACUACGGCAUUCACUACCUUCAUCCUACCUCCAUCCUGGUGCCUGCCGACCCCCGUCCUUCCUGCCUCACCAUCACUGCCUUGAUCUCCAAGGGCGUACAGUUCAUUGGGGUGUUCUGGAGUCCUGCAGAGCACACUGCCACAGAUGUAGCCCGCUUCCUCUUUCACAUCCCUGAUUUGGACUGCAGUCAGCCAGUGCUUUUGAUGGGCUGCGCCAGCAUCCUGCAGCUAUCAUCAUUGGGCAUCGUUGGUGGGCAGCGAUUGCCCGUUCAGGUAAAGUUCCAAGGACAUAUAUGCAGCCUCGAGACACCAGCAAUACAGGACAUUAAGCUGCCUCCACAAUAUUACAUGAGCAGCCUGAAGGAAGAAGAUGCAUCAGUGGUCUGUUCACACUUGAAGGUCAACUACUUUGACACAGAGGAUGGUAUAAGACAUGACAUUGCCCACUUCCCAUCCGUUAGUAUUCAUAAACGCAGCCCUACAGACAGUGUUGAGUCACUGCAGAAGGAGGCAGGAGAGAAUUUAGUGUCGUGGAUUCGCACAACCAAAAACGGUUGGAUGGGCAACACUUUCACGCAACUGCAGCAUCGUCGAAAGGGCCUGGCAAGCAAAGCCACCCUGGCCUUGGCACACCAGCUGCUGCAGAAAGGUCUCCUGGCUUAUGUUGUAAUUGAAAACAAUAACACUGCUUCCAUGAAAUUCCACGAUGCCCUGGGCUUCAAGUGGCAGUGUGACUUUUGCACACUUGAGCUACUUCCUGUUGACAAGAACAUCUAGACCAAUGGUUCAUAAAAUGAUCCUUAGUCACACUUCUUUUUUUGUUUCUAACAGACUCCUAAGUCCCCCUUUACCCCACCCUCACUUCAUGUGUUUAUGUAAAGUUAUAUAUUUUCAUAAUCUAUAUCAUGAAUGUUUAGUAAAACAAAGAUCUUGCUUGGAUUAAGUCUACCACUAAUAGGAUACCCAGCCCUACAUUUUUAAUAACGUCUUCAAUAUAUAAAUACUUCACUUUGUUAUUGAUUUUUAAAACAAUUAGUCCUAAUUCAGUGUUCAAAUUUAGAGAGCAUUCCUGUAAUGCUAGGAGUAAUAAUGUAAAUUUAUCCUUACCUGUAUUCAGGACUAAACUAUUAAAAAAUAGUGUUAUAAAUUUUGGUCCAGAAUUUUUCAAUAGUCUCCCUCAGGAUAUAAAAAUCCUGCUUAGAGGAAGUAAUUUAAUUAAAUUUAAAAAAGAAAAUAUAAAGUUAUCUGUUACAUGUACAAACCUAGAUACACCAUAAUUAUUUCAUGAAUUUGGUAGGAUAACGUUUUCAUUGUAACUGUCAUGAUGGUUGAGCUCCUGUUUUAUUCUGACUUACAUUGAAUGUUUUGUCAAGUUUACCCAUUUACUUUGAUUGAGAUAUUGUACUCGUUACUAUUAUACUACAUUACAUUGCAUAAGCAAGGUUUUUUUAAUGCUUGUUCACCUUGCCACAAUUUGUUAUUUAAUCUAUCUUAAAAACUGUCUGUCUUAGGAGACACACACACACACACACACACACACAC